UUGCCUUUUCCUCUCACGCAAGGGAGAUUUCAUUUUGUUUGAGACUGGAUACAGUUGAAACCAAACCACACACCACAGAGGGUAUGAUGGCUAAGAAGCCCCCGAAACCAGCCCCUCGCAGGAUCUUCCAGGAAAGAUUAAAGAUUACUGCUCUACCCAUGUACUUUGAAGGAUUUUUGUCAGUCAAGCGGGCAGCAUACCAGGAGUAUAAACGUUAUUGGACAGAGUUGAGAGGAACUACACUUUUCUUUUAUACUGACAAGAAAAAUACAAUAUACGUGGACAAACUAGACAUAAUAGACCUUACAUGCCUUACUGACCAAAAUUCAACUGAAAAGAAUUGUGCAAAAUUCACCCUUGUUUUGCCAAAAGAGGAAGUGCAGCUGAAGACAGAAAACACAGAAAGUGGGGAAGAAUGGAGAGGCUUCAUUCUUACAGUAACAGAGCUGUCAGUUCCACAACAUGUGUCACUUUUACCUGGGCAAGUUAUUAGACUGCAUGAAGUCCUAGAGAGAGAAAAGAAAAGGAGGAUUGAGACACAGCAGGUACCAAACACAUCUCUGGAAAAAGAGAAGGAAUCAAUUGAAGAUUAUGUGGAUGUACUGAACCCUAUGCCAGUAUGCUUUUAUACAGUUUCCCGGAAAGAAGCCACUGAGAUGCUGGAGAAGAAUCCUUCCUUGGGAAAUAUGAUCCUGAGGCCUGGUAGUGAUAGUAGAAACUACUCCAUCACUAUCCGACAGGAGAUAGACAUGCCAAGAAUCAAGCACUACAAAGUGAUGAGCAUAGGGAAAAACUACACUAUUGAACUGGAAAAACCUGUAACACUCCCAAACCUUUUCAGUGUCAUUGAUUAUUUUGUGAAGGAGACUCGAGGAAAUUUAAGACCAUUUAUAUAUUCAAUUGAGGACAAGCUUGGUCAAGAACACGACAUGGAAGGGAUAAGCGAGAAGCUAAAGAAAAAUCCACACACUGAAUGAAAUAAAAUGUGAAGCUGCUUUCAUGUAAUUCGA